UUUUCUGAUUUUUCUUUUUGGGUUUUGUAGAAAAAUCGAAGUCUCACGUGCUUCUCUUCCUUUUCUUCGCCGGAUUUUCCUCUUUUUCUCCGAUAUCUCCUCUCUCGCGUUUUCGAACCCUAACGACGCCCUCUUCUUUUCCCUCACUUUCUCUCGUUUUUCCGCUCUCCAAACGCUCCUUCUCCCCACUGUCAACGUUUUCUCAUUUCCUGAAAUCCAUUGGACAUACAAAUUUGGAUUCGGUUCUGAAAUUACGUAUACGCGUUUUAUGUUUAUGCGUUUCUUGUUUUUAUAUAUUAUACGUAUCCCAUACUGGAUCUUCCUGUCUUUCCUUGUUCUUCCUCUACCCAAACGCGUUCCUCUCGACCAUGACUCGACAUAAGCCUGACUCUUGCAUCCACUGAUGUGGAGAAAUUUUGAAUUGAAAUUCAAAAUUUCGAGCAUAUGUAAAGGAAAAAGUAUUUCCGACGUAUUUGAGUUUUUCUAUAUUAUGUUUUCUUUACUAAUUUUUGCACGAAAUUUGCUGCGGUGAUUCCAAAUAAUUUGAAAGCUUUCAGAAUUUGAGCUUCUUUUGUUUAAAUUUCGAGUUCUACUUCCUUGAGUGAUAUUUUGAGGUAGCAUUGAUUGAGAAAAUGGGGGCGGUGACAUCAUCAAUGGCGGCAAAGUUUGCGUUCUUCCCACCAAAUCCACCGUCGUACGAGAUGGCAGCGGACGAGGUUACGGGGAAGUUGAGGAUGUCGGGAGUGCCCAGCAGACAAAACGUCGAUGUUUUGAAACUGAGCACCAAGAGAGGGAAUCAGGUGGUUGCGUUGUACGUAAAGAACCCUGCUGCUUCGUUGACCCUUCUCUACUCCCAUGGAAACGCCGCUGAUCUUGGCCAGAUGUACGAGCUGUUCGCUGAGCUCAGCCUGCAUCUCAGGGUCAACUUGAUGGGUUAUGAUUAUUCUGGAUAUGGACAGUCAAAUGGGAAGCCAAGUGAGCAGAACACAUAUGCUGACAUAGAAGCUGUAUAUAAAUGCCUUGAAGAGAAAUAUGGAGUGAAGGAGGAAGAUACUAUAUUGUACGGGCAGUCAGUUGGGAGUGGACCUACUCUAGAUUUGGCAACCCGGUUACCUAAAUUGAGGGCUGUUGUUCUUCACAGCCCAAUCAUGUCUGGCCUCAGAGUUAUGUAUCCAGUGAAGCGAACGUACUGGUUUGACAUUUAUAAGAAUAUUGACAAAAUACCAUUUGUCAAGUGUCCAGUUCUUGUAAUUCAUGUAAGUAGUUGCCAGUUCUUGCGCAGUGAGAGAUCGAGAAAGAGUGUGGUUGCUGAGAAAGCAAAUAAUGGCACUGACCAGCCAGAGAGAGCGAGGAACAGCAUUGACCGGUUUGGACAUAUGAUGAGAUCAGUUGGACUCUGCAAUAUUGAUUGUUUCAAGCCGACGGCAACGGCUGUCUAGGAGCUGCCAGUGAGGUUUUGUUUCGCUUCUCGUCAGUUCAUUUAUUUGUUAAUGGGGUUGUAUGGGCCAUUGAAAGAUGUCUUACUGUUUUCUCAUCCAUCUCCUAGAGUGAAAAUAGAUGAAAUUAAUUUAACCAGGAAAAUUGUGUAUGUUAAUUAUUUGUCUUUUUAAGUUAAUAAAUCUCUCCCACUUGAAUGCCAA